AUGGAUAUCCCUAACAAUGAAGAUACAACAAGUGCCCUGAACUCAUUCAAAGCGACCACCAUCCAGUCAGGACAUACAGUUCUGCUCAGACUACCUAAUGGUGAGACCAAAGGCUUCAAGGUGGAGAAGGAUGGCUCUGUCUCUAUAGGGAGAGUCGGCUCCUUUCGCGCAAACGAGCUGAUAGGCCAUCCAUACGGAUUGACGUAUGAGAUUCAUGGCAAGGAACUCACCGUGCAGCCGCCUCGUACUCUGCAAGAAGUAGAGGAAACGGAUGCUACGAAUGAGCUCAUCAACGAUGGCGAAUUCGUGCAGCCACUUACCCUCGACGAGAUUGAAGGGUUGAAAAAGUCUGGCCUGCAUGUUUCUGAAAUAAUAAAGGCUCAGAUCGAACAACACGCCAAUUAUUCCAUGAAAACUGAAUAUAGCAAGGAAAAAUAUAAGCAACGCAAGGAAGCCAAGUACUCGAAGACCUUCAGUACGGUUGAGCCGACAAUCUACAAUGUUUGCGACCAUUGGUUCAAAAAAGACCAGAACAGAAUCCGUGAUAUCAGACCGGAUACACUAUCACAAAUAUUGAAUAUGGCGAAUGUUCGCCCGGGGGGCAGGUACAUUGCCGUUGACGAGGCGUCUGGCCUUCUUGUAUCUGCAAUCCUCGAGAGAUUGGGAGGGGAGGGACGACUGAUUUCAAUUUGCGACGUUGAUUCGCCACCCGCAUAUCCCGUCAUGACCCUGAUGAAUUUUCGCAAAGAUGUCGUUACAAAAAUACACUCAUCGUUGAACUGGGCAACUGCCCAGGAAGACUAUGCACCAGCUGUAGCACAACAGUCAUCGUCAGAAGUGGGAAAAUCAGACCGACAUAGGGUUCGUCUUGAUAAACGAAAAUUUGCUGCAGAUACUCUUCUAAACGCAAGAGAGGAGUUAUUUGCUGGUGAAUAUGACGCGCUUCUAAUUGCUAGCGAUUACGACCCACUGGAGAUCCUAGAGAAUUUGGCCCCAUAUGUAGCAGGAUCAGGAUCCAUAGUUAUUCAGAGCCCAUUUAGCCAGUCUCUCACGGAACUACAAUCGAAAUUGCGCCUUAAUCCAAGCUAUCUUGCACCAUCAAUCACAGAAUCAUGGCUGCGACGCUAUCAAGUUCUGCCAGGUCGUACGCACCCGACGAUGAAUACCUCGGGAUCGGGGGGUUUCUUAUUGCAUGUAAUCAAAGUGUAA